AGUAAGCUAGACUCUGAAGAAGUGAGGUUGCGAUAAAACUGAAACUAGUAUAAGAGUCUAAUUAAGCCGAGGUAACGUGAUCGCCUCAGGUGGUGUCUACUACUCUAACUUCGUGCUUUGCAAAGGCAGAAGCUAAAAAAAUCGGCGUUACUCCUUCGCCCUUCUAGCAAGAUCUAUGACUGCGACUGACCCAAAGCUGAGAAUGACAAAGUUGCAAUUUUAUUGCGUACUGCUGCUCUCUGUCUUCUCAGAUUGCGUAAGAAUAAUUCCGGAGAACGGAUGGUACGUUACCGAUAAUAAUCGAAAUUCUACCAUCAGAUUUUACUGCUACGGUCGAGGAAAACACGUGGUCUGGAAAUGGCAGCGAGAAAAAAAACAUGUCCUCCUUCCUAUUCAAGGCGGUGUACAAUGCACGGACAAAGAUGACAUGAUAAUUCGCCAAAAUUCGAUUACCAUAUGCAAGUUUCGUGGCCAAUUCUCUGGAAGAUACACAUGUGAAGACACUGAAACUAAAAACUCAUCAUCUGUAGUGCUAGGAGUGUCACCAGCUUUUGCUUCUGCAAAGAGCGUCAAAGUUCUAUUUCGAUCAACAGAGGAGAAGAUAGCUCUUUCUUGUGAAAUGAAGUCUUAUGUGUAUCCCAAACCAAACAUAACUUGGUAUCAACAAACAAAAAGUAUUGAAAUCUACAGAGGAGAAGUUUUGACAGUCAAACAACCAACCACCAAUAAUUCCAGCAUCAACAUGUACUAUUGUAAGGCAACAAACCAUCCUAACGGACCAAUUAAGCGGAAAUACUUCUUUGUAAAAACAUACAAGUCUGUUUCAUGCACUGUAACACCAUCUAAGAUUACAGUGAAAUAUAACGGAGAAUUGAUUAAGGUGACUGUAAAGGUAUUCAGUGAAAACCUUAAACCAGAAAUUCAACCCUUGCCUCCUUGGACAAUACAGGAAAAUGUUACUAACAACAUUUAUAAAGUUGCAGGUCCAAUAGAAACCGGGGGUGAGCAUAGAAUUCUAAAUGUAACACAAAUCAUAACGCUGAAGACUCAUUCAAUCUUAACUACAGGCUAUUGCUCUGUACUUGUGAGAACGAAAGAAGCACCUCCAGCCGCAGUUUGUCUACUACUAAAGCAAAAUUUGAAUAAUUCCUGCUCAAUUCAACGUUUAAAUCAAAGCACAAUGGAAUUGUCUGGAAGCUUGCGACAGAGUUUGCACCAAAAUUUAGGAUGUUUUUGGAGUAUCAAAAUUCACUACAUUUUCAGCAGAGGAAGAAGAAACUGUACAUUUGUUAUCAUAGGAAUGACAGUCAACUUUCUUUCAGAACAAUCAGAGCAUUGCAAGCAAUAUCCAUCAACGUUGGUAACCAACAGGACAAUCAGGAACUGGGCCAACGAACGGUUUGAUGUUAAGCUGGUAGAAGCAAGUUACACAAAUACCAGACUAUAUUGCAGAAAUAUUGAAGCAAUUCAGGACAACUUGCAUAAAAAUUGCUCUAAUUCUUAUGUCAACAUUAGCUGCUCACGAAGUAAACGUAUUAAAAGAAUUUGUUCGGCUUGCUUAUUGAAGAAGCCAAGAUGCAGGCAAAUUGCAACUGAUGAACAACAAACGCCAGAGUUUCAGCAAUUGAACGGCAUGUGUACUAUGGACUUUUACAAAUUGACUUAAUUACAUGAGACAAUAUUGCAAUAGCACUGCAUAGUAGGUAGUUUGGUUACAAACAAUUGCUAGGUACACAUCAGUACUAUGUUUAUCUGUAUGUUUGUAAAUUAAAACUUUUGAGCUGAUUUGCUGGAUACUGCAAAUUAAUGUUACAUGUACUGUACUAAUGAGCAAUUAAGUUUGUAUUACU